AUGGAUCAACUGGAAUAUUCGAGAAUUGUUGAAAUAUUAACAACAUGUUUAAAUUGUAAUAAUGAUGUUAGAAAAGCAGCCGAGGAUCAAUUAGUGCAUUUAAAAAAGCAACAGGGAUUCUCUAAAUAUUUAUUGGAGAUUUUUGGUGAUCAAAAUAUUUUUUAUGGUGCAAGACAUCUAGCAGCCAUUUCAUUUAAAUCUUUAGUUAUAGCUCAUUGGAAAAAAGGUAGUUUGUUUACAGAGGAGGAAAAAAAUAUAUACAGGGACAAAUUAUUAGUACUAUUAAAUAAUCCAAACGAAACUUGCACAGAAGGUAUCGAAAUUUUAGCAGUUUCAAUUGGAAAGAUUGCAAGAAAUGAUUAUCCAAGUCAAUGGCCAAAUCUCAUGAACGUAUUGUUGGAAAUAUUUGAAAAGUCUACAUCAGAUAGAGUUAAAAUUACAUCACUUAGAGUUAUUAAAUUUGUUAUUAAAGAAGUUGCAUCAAAAAGAUGGUUUGGUGAUAGAGAUUUUUUCACCCAGCUUUCAAAAAAUACAUUUGGAUAUUUUAUUAAUGUUUGGAAAGAUGGAACAAAAAAAUUAAUUGAAUUAUUAAUCAGUAGUCAAGAUUUGGGUCAAUACAAAACAUCAUUGAUAAUGUUAUUAAACUCAAUUACAAAGAUUUUAAGAAGAGUUGUCGAAUAUGGUUACACAGACUAUCAAUCAUCAGAAGAAAUUUGUAAAUACUACUUUGAUAUAUUUUCAAUUGUACCUGAAAUAAUGAAAUAUAGAUUAACAAUUAAAGAUUCAAGUGUAUUAGAGUUAAUUGAUAAGUUUGUUUUUUUAAAUCAAAAAAUUUUAUUAAGGUCACAACAUGUACAACCAUUAAGUUUUAUAAAAUUAUUAACACCAACAUUACAAUUUUUUUCAAAUCAAAUUUUAUUAUUUAAUCCACAUGAUACAAGUAAAAAAGAAUGGAAUUCAAGUAAACAAUUUUUGUUGGUAAUAACACAGGGUAUUAAUUUUAUGAGAGAGGUUGUAAACUGUUCCUCCUAUCAAAGUAGUUAUGACGACCCAGAUCAAGAUGAAAUAGAACGUAUUGGUACAUUAGCAGAAAAGAAUCAAAACAAAGAGCAUUUAACACCAAUUAAUUUGGCACAAAAUUCAAUUAAAGGGUUUUUUAAUCAUGACAAUCUUUCUUCUAUAUUAAAGGCAUUGGUAUCAAAUUGUUUAAUUAUUAAUAGUGAAGAAAUGGAAAGAUGGGAAUCGGAACCAGAGGAAUAUAUUCAAGAGUUACAGGUUGAAGAUGUUUAUUUUGAAUUAAAACCAGCAUCAUAUAAUUUAUUCAUCCUUUUAAUGAGACACUUCCACGAGGAUUGUGUGGAUAUUGUCAUUAAAAUGUUGGAAUACAUCACAUCACCAUCAUUCGACUCAAGACAAGUUCAACUAAAUACUGAACAGAUUUGUUUAAAAGAAGCUUGUUAUAUGACUAUUGGUUUGGGCUAUUAUGAUCUCAUUGAAAAAGUUAAUUUCAGUGAUAUCUUUUUAAAGGUUUUCGUUCCAGAGCUCCAAUCUACAGACCCACGUUUCAAGAUUAUCAAGCGUCGUAUUCUUUGGUUAGUUUGUUAUUGGAUUGGUAAAAUCCCAGAUCAAUUAAAAGAUGAUUUAGUACGUCUUCUUUUAGGAUUUCUUAAAGAUUCAGAUAUGGUAGUUGCAUUAACAGCUAUGGAUGCAGUAAAGUCAUAUAUUGAUGAUCUCGAAUUCGACUAUGUAGCCUAUCAGCCAUACCUUCAAGAUACAUUACAGUUAAUUAUUGGUCUUUUUAAUCGUACUUAUAGUGCCACUGCAAAGUCAAAUCUUUUAGCUGCUCUUGGUAUCAUUUUUAUAAAGUUCAACGAAAAUAUUAAACCAUUUACUCCACUCAUUUAUAAACUUUUCGAAAGCCUUUGGAAUAAUGGUGAGGAGGAGGCAAUGGUAAAGAGUGCUGUUUUACGUUCAUUCUCAUUCUUCCUUCAAGCUUUAAACAAUGAUCCAACUCUUUUCUUCCCAUUGCUUUUACCAAUUAUAAAUUUCUCAAUCUCUGAUAAAGAUAGCGUUCUCUAUUUAAGAGAGGAUGGUUUAGAGUUAUGGUUCCAAACCAUGGUACGUGUUCCAAGCCUCAAUUCAAGUAAUACCGCAUUGCUCGAGCUAUUUAACCAUUGGCCAACUAUUAUGAGCGAAACUUUAGAAUUUGGUGAGCAGUGUUUCAAGAUACUUGAUACAUACCUUUUAUUGGGUCAAAUCGAUUUCCUUCGUUUCUAUGGCUCUAAAGUUUCAUAUACAAUCGAAAGUGUUUUGGACGAAUCUUUCCAUGAUUGGUAUGAAAGGGUUAUUAAAUCAAUUGAUAGAAUACUUCAAAUUGUGCAACCAACUACAGAUGCAAUCAUUAUGUUAGAAGCAUGUAUCAACAAAAUAUUAAAAAUGGUUAUUUGUGGCAACGAAGAGGAUAACAGUAUUGUGAUGGUAGAUUAUUUAUCAGUAUUUUCAAGAAUUUUAACAAUGGACCCAACUGCAUUUUUCAAAAUUUUAGACCAUAUACCACUUCAAUACUUUAAACAGGAUAGCGAGGAUGAUUCACUUGGUUCAAAACCAAUACCAACAACAAGAAAAGAGUUAUAUAGCACAUUCUUUGAUACUUAUUUUGAAAUGAUUGAUAGAACAGGCUCAUUAGAACAAAGAAAAUUAAUAGGUAUUGGUUUAUCAAAUCUUUUAACAGUCCCAAGAGAAGAGGUUUUGGAAUUAUUAGGCACAAUUAUUUCAAUGGUUGUAGGGGUUAGAGGUGAUCUUGUCGAUGUCACUCAAGAUUCAUAUUGUAAUGAUGGUACAGUUCUCUCUCAAGAAACUAGUGGUGUUCAAAUUCAAGCUGAUAAAAUAUUUAAUAAUGAUCCAAUAAACAAAAUUAAUCUUUCAACUUAUUUAUAUCAAAAAAUUCAAGAAUCCUCAAAUGUUUUUGGAAUUCAAAAUUUUGAAAAUGCAAUUAAAAAUGUUCACCCAUCAGUUUUAGAAUUAGCUAAACCACCACCACAAUAA